AUGAGAUGGUUUCAUCCAAAUAUCACUGGGGUGGAGGCAGAAAACCUGCUGUUAACAAGAGGAGUCGAUGGCAGCUUCCUGGCACGGCCCAGCAAAAGUAACCCAGGAGACUUCACACUCUCUGUGAGACGGACUGGAGCUGUCACCCACAUCAAGAUCCAGAACACAGGUGACUACUAUGACCUCUAUGGGGGAGAGAAGUUUGCCACGCUGGCUGAGCUGGUCCAGUAUUACAUGGAACACCAUGGGCAGCUCAAGGAAAAAAAUGGAGAUGUCAUAGAGCUGAAAUAUCCCCUCAACUGCGCUGAUCCCACGUCUGAAAGGUGGUUUCAUGGGCAUCUCUCUGGGAGAGAAGCUGAGAAACUCUUGACAGAGAAAGGGAAACAUGGGAGUUUCCUGGUGAGGGAGAGCCAGAGCCACCCUGGGGACUUUGUCCUUUCUGUGAGGACAGGGGAUGACAAAGGAGAGAGCAACGAUGGCAAAUCCAAAGUGACACACGUCAUGAUCCACUGCCAGGAUCUCAAAUAUGAUGUUGGUGGAGGGGAAAAGUUUGACUCUCUGACAGAUCUGGUGGAGCAUUACAAGAAAAACCCCAUGGUGGAGACUUUGGGCACUGUGUUGCAGCUCAAACAGCCCCUGAACACCACCAGGAUCAACGCUGCCGAGAUCGAGAGCCGAGUGAGGGAGCUCAGCAAACUGGCAGAGACCACAGAUAAAGUCAAGCAGGGCUUCUGGGAAGAGUUUGAGACCUUGCAGCAGCAGGAAUGCAAACUCCUCUACAGCCGUAAGGAGGGGCAGCGCCAGGAAAACAAGAACAAAAAUAGAUAUAAAAACAUUUUACCCUUUGAUCACACCAGAGUUGUUCUCCACGAUGGUGAUCCCAAUGAACCUGUUUCAGACUAUAUCAAUGCUAACAUUAUUAUGCCUGAGUUUGAAACCAAGUGCAACAACUCAAAGCCAAAAAAAAGUUACAUUGCUACCCAAGGCUGCCUGCAGAACACAGUGAAUGAUUUCUGGAGGAUGGUGUUCCAGGAGAAUUCCCGAGUUAUUGUCAUGACCACGAAAGAAGUGGAAAGAGGAAAGAGUAAGUGUGUGAAGUACUGGCCAGAUGAAUAUUCCCUGAAGGAAUACGGAGUGAUGCGUGUGCGGAACGUGAAGGAGAGCGCAGCACACGAUUACACCCUGAGAGAGCUGAAACUUUCCAAAGUUGGCCAGGGGAACACGGAGAGGACGGUGUGGCAGUACCACUUCCGCACCUGGCCCGACCACGGCGUGCCCAGCGACCCCGGCGGCGUCCUGGAUUUCCUGGAGGAGGUGCACCACAAGCAGGAGAGCAUUCCUGAUGCAGGACCUGUCGUGGUCCACUGCAGUGCUGGGAUUGGGCGAACAGGAACUUUCAUUGUCAUUGACAUCCUCAUUGACAUCAUCAGAGAGAAAGGGGUGGAUUGUGACAUUGAUGUCCCCAAGACCAUCCAGAUGGUGAGGUCCCAGCGCUCAGGGAUGGUGCAGACAGAGGCUCAGUACAGGUUCAUUUACAUGGCAGUGCAGCACUACAUCGAGACCCUCCAGCGCAGGAUCGAGGAGGAGCAGAAGAGCAAGAGGAAAGGUCACGAGUACACAAACAUUAAAUAUUCGUUAUCGGACCAGACGAGUGGGGAUCAGAGCCCUCUGCCCCCCUGCACCCCAACCCCAACGUGUCCAGAAAUGAGAGAAGAUAGUGCUAGAGUAUAUGAAAAUGUGGGGCUGAUGCAACAGCAGAAGAGUUUCAGAUGAGAAGAUGUUCAGAGCCUUCCAGGCCAAGGCAGACAUGAAAAUGGUUUUUAAAAAGGUCAAGAAAGAGAUGGAAGAAGCUUCAUGUGAGCAGUGAACUCUGAGGGCUUGGUACCUUUUUAUUUACGGUUUUAAUCCUUCAGUAGGCAAAACUUCAGAGCAUCUAAAGAUUGUUUUUAUCUCUUCUCUCCAAUUUCCAAUUGCUCAUUUUCCAAAUAAAAGGAAAUCCUUUCUACAAGGUAGACAAUUACUUUGUAGAGUCAGUUUUGAAUCCUGCGAACUGUUGGACUGUCAUCCAUUUGUUUUUUUUAAAUAGUAUUUUGGUUUCACAGUAUGGCUGUUAGUGGGGUUUGUUUUUUUUUUUUUUUCCUUAUUUGAGCAGUUGU